UCCCCAAGUACAGCCAAGACUAUUGGUCAGUCCGACACUCCUGGGCGGAGCCUCCAGGACGCGGGCUCCCGAAGGCGCAGCCUAACCUGACCUUUUCCGUCUUGACCUGGGUUCCGGUUCACCCUUUGAAAACUGAUUGACGUCGAGUAGUAUCCGGCUUUGCGUGCCCGAGCUCCGAGAUUUCCCCGCGCUAGGCGGAGCCCUCGUGCCCAGAGCGCCAGACUUCAGCCGCCCCGUCGCACCUAUCCGCGCUGCACUCCGCGCCUCUCUAACCCCGCAUCACCGCCAAAUUGCAGGGAAUGCAGCCCCGCAGCCCAGGCGCCGACGCCGAACCGCAGCCACAAGAACCCAGCCCUGACGAGGGAGGCGACCUCGAAGAGCCCCUGGUGACACCCGGCCUGGAAGAGCCCGACGGUUCCGCCAGCGAUGUGCCCACUUCCGUGGUGUACCUGGCCGCCGGCUCUGCCUUGCAACUGCAGGUGGAUGACGUCGACCUACUGCUGGAGCCGAAUCCCACCUCGGUCCUGGAAGUGGAGCUCCCCGAACAAACCAUCAUCCUGGUGCCCGAGGGCCUCCAGGCUCCAGACCAUCUUGGACAGCCUGGGUUCUUCUCCGCCAGCCCGCAGGGGGGCGCUGGCCUGGAAAUGCCAGAGGACGACCUGCUAGUCCUCCAGCCGGGAUCCUCCUGUCAGUUCAUUCUAGAAAGUUCCUACGAAGAGGAAUUCUUUGAUGAGGAAGAAUCCUAUGAUGAGGAUGAGGACUCUGACCCCCAAUCACCCUGGAUGGAUUCUCCAGCUGGUCAGGCAAGUGAGCACUUUUCCUCCACCAACAGGAUGCCCAGUCCUUGGCCUCAGGGCCACAUCCCAGAACCAUAUCCUUCAGGGCCUUCCCCUAAGGCAGAGCCAUAUUCUCCAAGGUCUGUCUGGGACCAGGAGAGCUACCUGCUGGGACCCUUCCCCAGCUCACCCCUGCAGCCCCUGCCUCCAUCUCCUUCAAAUCCCCAAGAGCAGCGUCCUCCUUGCUCUCCACCGGCCCCGUGCAAAGCCAGGAAGCGACUGUUCUGUGAAUGAACUGCGCUGCAUAAAUCCUGAUGCCCCUCAAGUGAGAGUUUUCUCUGCCCCUAGAUGCAAGACACUGUCACCUUUUUCUAAGGAAUAAAAGUGCCACUCUCGAUGACCUAAAGUACCACAGACUCUUGCCGACAGCCUUAACAGAUUCCUAGAACUUCUAGUGGUAAAUUAUCAACACCCUCUGUUUACCUGUUAAUUCUCUAACCAAGAACUAAGUAGAUUUCUUAUUCUUUCGGUGGCCUUUAUUGUUUUCCACAUGAGUUUUUGAAGAGUUGGCCAACACUCCACUCCUUGGUGUUUCAGGCUGCUCUCUUGAGCAAUGGCCCAGUUCCGUGACGGGCUAUGAUAUUUACUUACUUGAAUGUGCAGUGUUCUCAGCAAUCUCCGAAGCUACUGGUAGAAUCUUCCUUUUCUGCCUCUUCUUUAUUGCUGAGACUUAAGGUGAAUUUUACAGGCAGUUUUCAGCACGCACUGGGAUAUGCAUUUGCUUUCUUUUUCUUUUGUUUUGCUUGUUGUUUUAUUUAUAUACUUAUUUUUAGGCAAGAUCUUACUAUGUAUCUCUGGCAAUCUUAGAACUCACUCCGUAGACCAAUGUGGCCUUGAACUCACAGACACCCACCUGCCUCUGCCUCCCAAGUGCUAGGA